GUGUGUAAUUAGGAGCCCAUGCACCAGGCUUGCUCAUCCUCUGCUGCUCUGGAGGGAAGACUGGAGAGGGUUUGCUUCUGAGGAUAUUUACUGGCUGGUGCUGGUCUGAAGAAAUACAGAGAAAAAAGGCACAAGAGCUAAAAAAACCCCAGAGCAUCCAUAUAGGCUAAUGCUGGGAAGACAGAAAGUGCAUCAUUAACCUAAGUGAGUGGGGGAGAGACAAAAGAGAACCCUCAAAAUGGAGGAAGAAGAAUAUGAGGAAGUUGAGGAAUACUACAUUGAAGAGACUGUUAUUGAGGAGGGUGAACCACAUGAGGUGGUCACUGAGAUCACUGAGACCAUUAGCGAAGACUUCUCAGGUCCUACAACCACCACCCAUACCACUAAGCAUGAAAAACCUGCUGAGGGUGGAGCAGCUCCAGCCAGAAAGAAGACAAUAAGGACAAAAGUGGACACAUCUAAGUUUCUGACACCUUAUCUGCAACACAGCAAUAAAAUGAAGGAACUAUUCAGUGAGAACAAGUACAAAGAAAAAUAUAUGAAAGAGAGAGGGAAGCCAUAUGCUUCCACAAGUGAUACCCCAGAAAUUCGGAGAAUCAAGAAAGUUCAAGACCAGCUCAGUGAGGUUAAAUACCGCAUGGCUGGGGAAGCUGCCAGGACUAUUUGCCACGUGGAUGAAAAGGCCAAGGAUAUAGAACAUGCAAAGAAGGUGUCACAGCAAGUCAGCAAGGUAUUAUAUAAACAGAACUGGGAGGAAAAUAAAGACAAAUACCUGCUCCCCCCUGAUGCCCCAGAGCUUGUGAAUGCAAUAAAAAACACAGCAAUGUUCAGCAAGAAACUCUAUACUGAAGAGUGGGAAGAAGAUAAAGCGUUGUUCUACCCAUACUACGACAGCCCAGAGCUCAGAAGGGUGGCAGAGGCUCAGAAGACUCUGAGUGAUAUUGUCUACAAAAAAGGACACGAUGAGAGAAAGUCUAAAUACACUUGUCUGCCAGAUCCACCUGAUGUGGAGCAAGCCAAGAAAGUGACAAGGCAGCUGAGUGAUGUUAUUUAUCAUGAGGACUAUAAAAACAAGAUCCAAGGCAAGUGGAGUCAAACUCCAGGCUAUGAUAUUGCAGUUGCAAAAAUGAAUGCAGAAAAUCUAAGUAUGAGAAAAUACCAGGAAGACUUUGAAAACAUGAAAGACCAAAUCUACUUCAUGCAGACUGAAACUCCAGAAUACGAGGCUAACAAGAGGGUGUCAGAUAAUGUCAGUAAGAAAAAAUACAGGGCAGACUAUGAAAAGAACAAAGCUAUUGCAGAAUACAAUGUGCUUCCUGCUACAGAGAACCCAUUGCUAAGGCAGUUAAAAGCUGCAGGAAAUAUUCUGAGUGAUAAAUUGUACAAAGAAGCCUAUGAGCAAGCAAAAGGAAGCAGUAUAAAUUACUGUGACACACCCAAGUUCCAGACUGAUGCUGCUCUGAAGAAUUUUAGUGAUAUCAAAUAUAAAGAUGCAUAUCAAAAGAACAUUUUGGGACACUAUUUGGGCAGCUUUGAGGACCCAUAUCACGUACACUGUAUGAAAGUUGAGGCCAUGAAGAGUGACAAAAAUUACAGAGCAGAUUAUGAGGAGGAAAAGACAAAAUGCUACUUCCCUCAGACCAUAACUCAAGAGUAUGAAGCUAUCAAGAAUUUGGAGCAGUAUAAAGAUCACACCUACAAAAAACACCCUGAUCAAACCAAGUUUACUCAAGUGACUGACUCUCCAGUACAGAAGCAAGCAGAGAUCAAUACCAAGCAGCUGAGUGAUAUAGAGUAUAAAUCCAAAGGUGAAGAAAUCAUUCACAAGUAUCACCUCCCUCCAGAUGUGCCCCAGUUUAUCCAGGCUAAAGUGAAUGCCUACAACAUUAGUGAUAACUGUUACAAAGCGGGUUUGGAAGAAUUAAAAUCAAAGGGAUAUGAUCUUAAAACUGAUGCUAUUCCUAUCCAAGCUGCCAAGGCUGCCAGGCAGGCUGUUAGUGAUGUUAACUAUAAAAAAGCCUAUGAGCUUUCCAAGGGCAAACUCAUUGGCUUCAGGAGUCUCCAAGAUGAUCCCAAACUCGUUCAUUAUACUAAUGUGGCCAAGAUGCAGUCUGAGCGAGAGUACAAGAAAGAUUAUGAGAAAACAAAAACUAAGUACAACAUUCCACUGGAUAUGGUCAAUGUUGUGGGUGCCAAGAAGGCUCAAGAGAUUAUCAGCAACAAUAACUACAAGAACAUCAUACACCGUUAUACUUAUUUGCCAGAUGCAAUGAGUGUGGAGCUGUCCAAAAAUAUGAUGGAGAUUCAGAGUGAUAAUGUAUACAAAGCAGACUAUAACAACUGGAUGAAAGGCAUUGGCUGGAUCCCCCUUGGCUCACUAGAUGUAGAGAAAGCUAAAAAAGCUGGAGAGGCCUUGAAUGAAAAGAAAUAUCGUCAGCACCCUGACACCAUUAAAUUCACAAGUGUAACAGAUUCAAUACCAAUGGUUUUGGCUCAGCAAAACACCAAGCAACUGAAUGAUAGAACAUACAAGCAAGAGGGUGAAAAAGUAAAACAUAAAUACACCUUGGAUGCUGAUGUUCCUCAGUUUAUUCAAGCCAGAGUCAACGCCUUCAAUUUGAGUGAUGCUAACUACAAAGCAGAGUGGAAAAAAACCAUUGCCAAGGGGUAUGAUCUGAAACCAGAUGCCAUUCCUAUUAUUGCUGCUAAAGCAUCUCGAAACAUUGCAAGUGAUUACAAAUACAAACUCGCCUAUGAGAAAGCCAAAGGAAAACACAUCGGGUUCCGCAGCCUGGAAGAUGACCCCAAGCUGGUGCACUUCAUGCAGGUGGCUAAGAUGCAGUCUGAUCGUGAAUACAAAAAGGAUUAUGAGAAGGCAAAGACUCGUUUCCAUACUCCAGUUGACAUGGUCAGUGUUGUGACAGCCAAGAAAGCCCAGGAAAUGGUCACAAAUGUAAACUACAAGAACUUGAUCCACACCUAUAAUGUCCUGCCGGAUGCUAUGAGUCUUGAACUAGCCAAAAACAUGAUGCAGUUACAGAGUGAUAAUCAAUACAGAGCAGAUUAUGAUGAAACUAUGAAGGGUGUUGGCUGGGUGCCACUGGGCUCCCAGGAAGCUGAGAAGAACAAAAAAGCAAUGGAAAUUCUUAGUGAGAAGAAGUAUCGCCAGCACCCAGACAAGCUGCAGUAUUCUGUUCCCAUGGAUUCCAUGAACAUGGUCUUAGCUUUAAACAAUGCUAAAAUCAUGGAUGAGCAAAAGUACAAACAAGCAUGGGAAGAAGACAAAAAGAAAGUUCACAUCACAACAGAUCAUCCACAGAUUGCUUUAGCAAAAGUUAAUGCAUUGAAUAUAAGUGAUAAAAAGUACAGACAGACCUUUGAAGAAUCUAGGAAGAAAGGAUAUGAUCUCAGAGUUGAUGCUAUUCCUAUUCAAGCUGCCAAAGCUUCUAGGGAUAUUGCUAGUGAUUACAAAUACAAAUUAAGUUAUGAAAAGGACAAGGGGAAGCUUGUAGGCUUCCGCAGCCUUCAGGAUGACCCCAAACUUGUGCAUUACAUGCAAGUGGCCAAGAUGCAGUCUGACCGUGAGUACAAGAAAGCUUACGAGACAGGCAAGACACAUUACCAGAUGCCUUCUGACAGCCUCAGCGUGGUGUCAGCUAAGGAGGCACAGGAUCGUGUCACCAACACCAACUACAAACGACUGAUCCACCAGUACAUGCUCCUGCCAGAUGCCAUGAGCUUCGAGCUGUACAGGAACAUGAAUCAGAUCCAGAGUGAUAAUGAGUACAGGCAGGAUUACAACGAGUGGUUCAAGGGCAUUGGUUGGAGUCCUGCUGGUUCCCUGGAUGUGGAGAAAACCAAGAAAGCCAUGGAAAUCGCAAGUGAUCGCAAAUACCGCCAGCACCCCAGCACCUUCUCCUUCACCAAAAACACUGAUGCCAUGGACAUGGUCCUGGCAAAGCAGAAUGCCAAUAUCAUGAACAAACGUGCUUAUACUGAAGCUUGGGAGAAGGACAAAGUUCAGGUCCAUGUGAUGCCAGACACACUGGAUAUUGUACAGGCAAAGCAGAACAAGGCAAACUACAGCCAGAAACAAUAUAAGCUUGCCUGGGAGGAAAUGAUAAAGAAAGGCUAUGACCUCACACCUGAAGCCAUGUCAGUGAAAGCAGCCAAAGCUUCAAGGGACAUUGCAAGUGAUUACAAGUACAAAGAAGGCUACCGCAAGCAGCAGGGACACCACAUCGGAUUCCGCAGCUUACAGGAUGAUCCCAAGAUGCUGUGGUCUAUGCAAGUAGCUAAGAUACAGAGUGACAGGGAGUACAAGAAGGACUUUGAAAAAUGGAAGACAAAGUUUAACAUGCCUGUGGAUAUGUUAGGCUUCCUUCUGGCUAAGAAAUGCCAGGAACUGGUUAGUGAUGCAGACUACAAACAGAAACUGCACCGCUGGACUUGUCUGCCGGACCAGAAUGAUGUCACCCAGGCAAAGAGGGUCUAUGAUCUACAGAGUGAAAACCAAUAUAAGUCAGAUCUUCAGUGGCUCAAAGGCAUUGGAUGGAGUCCUCUGGGAUCUUUGGAAUCUGAAAAGAACAAGAAAGCUACUGAAAUACUGAGUGAAAAGAAGUACCGGCAGCACCCAGACACCAUCAAGUUCACAAGUGUCCCAGAUGGCAUGGACGUCGUUUUAGCAAAAUCUAAUGCCAAAAAUAGGAGUGAUAUUCUGUAUAAAGAAGCUUGGAACAAGGACAAGACUCAAGUUCACAUCAUGCCUGAUACACCUGAGAUUAUGUUGGCUAAAUCAAAUUUAAUUAACACAAGUGAUAAAAAAUAUAAGCUGGGAUAUGAAGAGCUGAAGAGGAAAGGCUAUGAUCUGCCUGUUGAUGCUAUACCCCUCACAACAGCAAAGGCAUCCAGAGACAUAGCAAGUGAUUACAAAUACAAGACUGCAUACCGCAAGCAGCAGGGCCACCACAUCGGGGCCCGGAACAUAGAGGAUGAUCCCAAGAUGGUGUGGUCCAUGCACGUGGCCAAGAUCCAGAGUGACAGAGAGUACAAGAAAGCCUUUGAGAAGUCCAAGACGAACUUCAGUACCCCAGUGGACAUGCUGGGAAUCGUGCUGGCCAAGAAGUGCCAGGAGCUGGUCAGUGAUGUUGAUUACAAGCACCCCCUGCAUCGGUGGACCUGUCUGCCAGACCAGAGUGAUGUUGUACAAGCCAGGAGAGUGUAUGACCUCCAGAGUGAUAAUGUGUACAAGUCUGACUUGAUGUGGCUGAGGGGCAUUGGCUGGUCCCCCAUUGGCUCCCUGGAUGAGGAGAAGAAUAAGAGGGCGAGCCUCAUCCUGAGUGACAAGAAGUACCGGCAGCACCCAGACACCAUCAAAUUCACCAGCCUGCCUGACUCCAUGCCCAUGGUGCUGGCAAAGAACAACUCACAGAUCAUGAACCAACGCUCGUACACAGCAGCCUGGGAGAAGGAUAAAACCAGCAUUCACAUCAUGCCAGACACACCUGAGAUUUUGCUAGCCCAGCAGAACAAAGUGAACUACAGUGAGAAAAAGUACAGGCAGGCGAUGGAGGAGGAGAAGAAGAAGGGCUAUGACCUGAGGGUAGAUGCCAUCCCCAUCAAGUCUGCCAAAGCUUCCAGAGACAUUGCAAGUGAUUACAAGUACAAAGAAGGCUACCGCAAGCAGCAGGGUCACCACAUCGGGGCCCGGAACAUAGAGGAUGAUCCCAAGAUGGUGUGGUCCAUGCACGUGGCCAAGAUCCAGAGUGACAGAGAGUACAAGAAAGCCUUUGAGAAGUCCAAGACGAACUUCAGUAGCCCAGUGGACAUGCUGGGAAUUGUGUUGGCCAAGAAGUGCCAGGAGCUGGUCAGUGACGUUGAUUACAAGCACCCCCUGCAUCGGUGGACCUGUCUGCCAGACCAGAGUGAUGUUGUACAAGCCAGGAGAGUGUAUGACCUCCAGAGUGAUAAUGUGUACAAGUCUGACUUGAUGUGGCUGAGGGGCAUUGGCUGGUCCCCCAUUGGCUCCCUGGAUGAGGAGAAGAAUAAGAGGGCGAGCCUCAUCCUGAGUGACAAGAAGUACCGGCAGCACCCAGACACCAUCAAAUUCACCAGCCUGCCUGACUCCAUGCCCAUGGUGCUGGCAAAGAACAACUCACAGAUCAUGAACCAACGCUCGUACACAGCAGCCUGGGAGAAGGAUAAAACCAGCAUUCACAUCAUGCCAGACACACCUGAGAUUUUGCUAGCCCAGCAGAACAAAGUGAACUACAGUGAGAAAAAGUACAGGCAGGCGAUGGAGGAGGAGAAGAAGAAGGGCUAUGACCUGAGGGUAGAUGCCAUCCCCAUCAAGUCUGCCAAAGCUUCCAGAGACAUUGCAAGUGAUUACAAGUACAAAGAAGGCUACCGCAAGCAGCAGGGUCACCACAUCGGGGCCCGGAACAUAGAGGAUGAUCCCAAGAUGGUGUGGUCCAUGCACGUGGCCAAGAUCCAGAGUGACAGAGAGUACAAGAAAGCCUUUGAGAAGUCCAAGACAAGCUUCAGUAGCCCAGUGGAUAUGCUGGGAAUUGUGUUGGCCAAGAAGUGCCAGGAGUUGGUCAGUGAUGUUGAUUACAAGCACCCCCUGCAUCGGUGGACCUGUCUGCCAGACCAGAGUGAUGUUGUACAAGCCAGGAGAGUGUAUGACCUCCAGAGUGAUAAUGUGUACAAGUCUGACUUGAUGUGGCUGAGGGGCAUUGGCUGGUCCCCCAUUGGCUCCCUGGAUGAGGAGAAGAAUAAGAGGGCGAGCCUCAUCCUGAGUGACAGGAAGUACCGGCAGCACCCAGACACCAUCAAAUUCACCAGCCUGCCUGACUCCAUGCCCAUGGUGCUGGCAAAGAACAACUCACAGAUCAUGAACCAACACUCGUACACAGCAGCCUGGGAGAAGGAUAAAACCAGCAUUCACAUCAUGCCAGACACACCUGAGAUUUUGCUAGCCCAGCAGAACAAAGUGAACUACAGUGAGAAAAAGUACAGGCAGGCGAUGGAGGAGGAGAAGAAGAAGGGCUAUGACCUGAGGGUAGAUGCCAUCCCCAUCAAGUCUGCCAAAGCUUCCAGAGACAUUGCAAGUGAUUACAAGUACAAAGAAGGCUACCGCAAGCAGCAGGGCCACCACAUCGGGGCCCGGAACAUAGAGGAUGAUCCCAAGUUGGUGUGGUCCAUGCACGUGGCCAAGAUCCAGAGUGACAGAGAGUACAAGAAAGCCUUUGAGAAGUCCAAGACAAGCUUCAGUAGCCCAGUGGACAUGCUGGCAGUCGUGUUGGCCAAGAAGUGCCAAGGCUUGGUCAGCGAUAUCGAUUACCGCCACUACAUCCAUCAGUGGAUCUGUCUGCCAGACCAGAACGAUGUGAUCCAUGCUAGGCAAGCCUAUGAUCUGCAGAGUGAUCACUGCUACAAGUCUGACAUGGAAUGGUUACGAGGCAUUGGUUGGGUCCCAAUUGGUUCCUUGGAGGUUGAAAAGGCCAAGAAGGCAGGAGAGAUCUUGAGUGAUAAGAUAUACCGUCAGCGCCCUGACACCAUCAAGUUUACCAGUGUGACUGAUUCUCUGGAGAUGGUCUUAGCCAAGCAGAAUGCAGACACAAUGAAUAAGCGUUUAUAUACUGAGGCAUGGGAAAAAGACAAGACACAAAUCCACAUCAUGCCUGACACACCUGAAAUCACCCUGGCAAAACAGAACAAGCUGAACUACAGUACGAACCUGUACAAACAAGCCAUGGAAGAAGAUAAAAAGAAAGGCUAUGACCUGAGAGUUGAUGCAAUCCCCAUUCAGGCUGCCAAAGCAUCAAGGCAAAUUGCCAGUGAUUACAAGUACAAAGAAGGCUACCGCAAGCAGCUGGGCCACCACAUCGGGGCCCGGAACAUAGAGGAUGAUCCCAAGUUGGUGUGGUCCAUGCACGUGGCCAAGAUCCAGAGUGACAGAGAGUACAAGAAAGCCUUUGAGAAGUCCAAGACAAGCUUCAGUAGCCCAGUGGACAUGCUGGCAGUUGUGUUGGCCAAGAAGUGCCAAGGCUUGGUCAGCGAUAUCGAUUACCGCCAUUACAUCCAUCAGUGGACCUGUCUGCCAGACCAGAACGAUGUGAUCCAUGCUAGGCAAGCCUAUGAUCUGCAGAGUGAUCACUGCUACAAGUCUGACAUGGAAUGGUUACGAGGGAUUGGUUGGGUCCCAAUUGGUUCCUUGGAGGUUGAAAAGGCCAAGAAGGCAGGAGAGAUUUUGAGUGAUAAAAUAUACCGUCAGCGUCCUGACACCAUCAAGUUUACCAGUGUGACUGAUUCUCUGGAGAUGGUCUUAGCCAAGCAGAAUGCAGACACAAUGAAUAAGCGUUUAUACACUGAAGCAUGGAAUAAAGAUAAGACCAUGAUUCAUGUCAUGCCUGACACACCAGAAAUCCUGCUAGCUAAACAAAACCGAAUAAACUACAGUGAGAAAAUGUACAAGCUAGCUUUGGAGGAUUCGAAGAAGAAAGGUUAUGAUUUACGUUAUGAUGCCAUUCCAAUUCAAUCUGCCAAAGCAUCCAGAGAUAUUGCCAGUGAUUACAAGUACAAAGAAGGCUACCGCAAGCAGCAGGGCCACCACAUCGGGGCCCGGAACAUAGAGGAUGAUCCCAAGUUGGUGUGGUCCAUGCACGUGGCCAAGAUCCAGAGUGACAGAGAGUACAAGAAAGCCUUUGAGAAGUCCAAGACAAGCUUCAGUAGCCCAGUGGACAUGCUGGCAGUCGUGUUGGCCAAGAAGUGCCAAGGCUUGGUCAGCGAUAUCGAUUACCGCCACUACAUCCAUCAGUGGACCUGUCUGCCAGACCAGAACGAUGUGAUCCAUGCUAGGCAAGCCUAUGAUCUGCAGAGUGAUCACUGCUACAAGUCUGACCUGGAAUGGUUACGAGGCAUUGGUUGGGUCCCAAUUGGUUCCUUGGAGGUUGAAAAGGCCAAGAAGGCAGGAGAGAUUUUGAGUGAUAAAAUAUACCGUCAGCGCCCUGACACCAUCAAGUUUACCAGUGUGACUGAUUCUCUGGAGAUGGUCUUAGCCAAGCAGAAUGCAGACACAAUGAAUAAGCGUUUAUAUACUGAGGCCUGGGAUAAAGACAAGACACAAAUCCACAUCAUGCCUGACACACCUGAAAUCACCCUGGCAAAACAGAACAAGCAGAACUACAGUACGAAACUCUACAAACAAGCCAUGGAAGAAGAUAAAAAGAAAGGCUAUGACUUGAGAGUUGAUGCAAUCCCCAUUCAGGCUGCCAAAGCAUCGAGGCAAAUUGCCAGUGAUUACAAGUACAAAGAAGGCUACCGCAAGCAGCUGGGCCACCACAUCGGGGCCCGGAACAUAGAGGAUGAUCCCAAGUUGGUGUGGUCCAUGCACGUGGCCAAGAUCCAGAGUGACAGAGAGUACAAGAAAGCCUUUGAGAAGUCCAAGACAAGCUUCAGUAGCCCAGUGGACAUGCUGGCAGUUGUGUUGGCCAAGAAGUGCCAAGUCUUGGUCAGCGAUAUCGAUUACCGCCACUACAUCCAUCAGUGGACCUGUCUGCCAGACCAGAACGAUGUGAUCCAUGCUAGGCAAGCCUAUGAUCUGCAGAGUGAUGCUGUUUACAAAGCAGACAUGGAAUGGCUAAGAGGUAUUGGAUGGGUUCCUAUUGGUUCCCUUGAAGUUGAGAAAGCAAAGAGGGCUGGAGAAAUCCUGAGUGACAGGAAAUACCGUCAGCCGCCAGACCAAGUGAAAUUUACUAGUGUGACAGAUUCUGUGCCCAUGGUUUUAGCCAAGCAAAAUGCUGAGAUAAUGAGCAAGCGUUUAUACACAGAAGCCUGGGAUGCAGACAAGAAGUCAAUUCAUGUCAUGCCUGACACACCGGAAAUUUUGUUAGCAAAGGCCAACUCAGCCAAUACUAGCAAGAAACUUUAUACACAAGCCUGGGAAGAAGCCAAAAAGAAGGGUUAUGACCUGAGAGCUGAUGCCAUUCCAAUCCAAAGUGCAAAGGCAUCAAGAAAUAUUGCAAGUGAUUACAAAUACAAAGAAGCCCACGAGAAGCAGAAAGGCCACUACAUUGGGUGCAAAACUGCCCAGGAGGACCCCAAGCUGUCGCUAGCCGCGCGUGCCAUGGCGCUGCAGAACGACCGGCUCUACAAGAAGGCCUACCAGGAUUCCAAAUCCCAGGUCCACAUCCCAGUGGAUGCCAUAUCAGUGCAGGCAGCCAAGGACUGCCAGGCACUUGUCAGUGACAUUGACUACCGCCAGUACCUGCACCAGUGGACCUGUCUGCCUGACCAGAAUGAUGUGAUCCACGCCAGGCAGGCCUACGACCUCCAGAGUGAUAACGUGUACAAGGCAGACCUGGAGUGGAUGCGAGGCAUUGGCUGGUUGACAGAAGGUUCUGUGGAUGUGGUGAAAGUCAAGAAAGCCCAGGAAAUCCUGAGUGACCGGGUGUACCGCACACGGCCAGAGGACCAGAAGUUCACCAGCAUUACUGACUCACCAGAUAUCGUCCUUGCGAAGAUCAAUGCUGCAAACCUCAGUGAUCUCCUGUACCGGGAAGCCUGGGAUAAAGAUAAGACACAGGUUUGCCUUCCUCCUGAUACUCCUGUGAUGCUGCAGUCCAAAUUCAAUGCUGCCACCAUCAGCAAUAAACAGUAUCAGAAGGCCUGGAAUGAAGUCAAGGCGAAAGGCUAUGACCUAAGAGCUGAUGCCAUUCCCAUCAAACAGGCCAAGGCUUCCAGGGACAUUGCCAGUGAGUACAAAUACAAAGAAGCCCACGAGAAGCAGAAAGGCCACUACAUUGGGUGCAAAACUGCCCAGGAGGACCCCAAGCUGUCGCUAGCCGCGCGUGCCAUGGCGCUGCAGAACGACCGGCUCUACAAGAAGGCCUACCAGGAUUCCAAAUCCCAGGUCCACAUCCCAGUGGAUGCCAUAUCAGUGCAGGCAGCCAAGGACUGCCAGGCACUUGUCAGUGACAUUGACUACCGCCAGUACCUGCACCAGUGGACCUGUCUGCCUGACCAGAAUGAUGUGAUCCACGCCAGGCAGGCCUACGACCUCCAGAGUGAUGCUGUUUACAAGGCAGACCUGGAAUGGCUCCGUGGGAUUGGCUGGCUGCCUAAUGACUCUCCAGAAAUUAAGAGAGUGAAGCAAGCCCAGGAUCUGCUGAGUGAUAACGUGUACAGAACACCCAUCGAAAGCCUGAAAUACACCAGUAUUGUUGAUUCCCCAGAUGUUGUUCUGGCCAAAGCAAACGCCGAGCAAGUCAGCGUUUCAAAAUACAAAGAAGCCUGGGAAAAGGACAAGACUAUGAUCCAUGUUAUGCCAGACACACCUGAAAUCAGCCUAGCCAAGGCUAAUGCUCUUAACUGUAGCCAGAAAAAGUACAAAGAAGCUUGGGAUGACCUGAAGCUGAGUUAUGAUUUGCGAGCAGACGCAAUCCCAAUCAAGGCAGCCAAAGCUUCUAGGGAAAUUGCUAGUGAUUACAAGUACAAACUGGAUCACGAGAAGCAGAAAGGACAUUAUGUCGGAGUUCCAAAUGCAAAAGCAGAUGUGAAAAUAGACUUUGCCCUCAGCGUAGGCAAAGUUCAGAGUGAACUGGAAUACAAGAAACACUUUGCCAAAUGGAAGACACAGUGCCACCUGCCAGUAGACAUGCUCUCUAUCCUGUCAGCUAAACAGGGUCAGGCUUUGGUCAGUGAUGUUGAUUACCGCCACUACUUGCACCAGUGGAUCUGCCUUCCAGAUCAGAGUGAUGUUAUACAUGCUAGGAAAGCCUAUGAACUUCUCAGUGAUGCUGUUUACAAAUCUGAUUUGGAAUGGCUCCGGGGAAUCGGGUGGCUGCCAAAUGAUUCACUUGGGAUCAACCAUGUCAAAUAUGCUGGAGAUGUCCUGAGUGAGAGAAAAUACCGCACAAAAGCUGAAACCCUCCCCUUCACUGCAGUGGCAGACAGAGUUGACUACGUCACAGCAAAGAACAGUGGUGAAAUUCUUAGUGAUAUUAAAUACCACCAAGCCUGGAAUGAGGCCAAGUCCAAUUAUACUCUGACAGAUACACCACAGCUGGAUAUGGCCAGAGAGGCAGCCAGGAUUCUUAAUCAGAAUUUAUACAAAGAAAAUUGGGAGAAAGAAAAAGCCACUGGUUACAUCCUACCAGCUGACACUGUGCAGUUUUCUCAUGCCAAGCACUCAACUGAUGUCCAAAGUGAGCUUAAAUACAAAGCUGAAUACGUCAAACAAAGAGGUCACUACGUCGGAGUUCCCAGUAUGAGAGAUGAUCCAAAACUGGUGUGGUUUGAGCAUGCAGGAGAGAUCCAGAAUGACAGACUGUACAAAUCAGACUAUAACAAAACCAAGUCCAAAGUCCACAUCCCUGCAGAUGCCAUGGCUGUUGUAGCAGCCAAGCAAUGUCAGAACUUGGUCAGUGACAUCGAUUACCGCCAGUACCGGCAUGAGUGGACCUGUCACCCCGACCAGAACGACUGCAUCCAGGCAAGGAAGGCCUAUGAUCUACAGAGUGAUAAUGUUUAUAAAGCUGAUUUGGAAUGGCUUCGUGGCAUUGGGUGGAUUCCUCUGGAUUCAGUGGAACACAAGAAAGUUAAGAAUGCACAACAACUGAUAAGUAAGAAAACAUAUACAAAAGAAGCCCUUGAAAACUUUUCCAAGUAUACCAGUGUGACUGACACUCUUGAAAUUGUUCUGGCAAAGAUGAAUUCUGUCAAUCAGAGUGAUAUAAAAUACAAAGAAACCUUUAACCAGGAGAAAGGCCAAUAUAUUGGGUCUGAUGAUACUCCUGUGAUGAACCAUGCCAGAGACAUGUCCUUGCUGUACAGUGAUAAACUUUAUAAAAAUGCUUGGGAAAUUAGCAAGCCCACUGGAUACUCUUUGGAUGAGAAAUAUGUUCCACUUGUCAGAGCAAAGCACGCCAGCCAAAUCAACAGUGAGCUUAAAUACAAGGAAAUCUAUGAGAAGCUGAAAGGCCAUUACCUGGCUGGGAAGGAGAUUGGUGAUUUCCCCAGUGUCAUUCAUUCCCUGGCAUGCCAGAAAAUGAGGAGCGCGUUGGAAUACAGAAAAAAUUAUGAAGACACCAAAACAAAUGUCCAUAUUCCAACUGACAUGAUGAAUCAUGUGCUAGCCAAGAAGUGCCAGAACAUCCUCAGUGACCUUGAAUACCGAUCUUACUUCCAUCAGUGGAGUUGUUCACCUGAAGAAAAUGAUGUUAUCCUAGCCAAAAAAGCUCAGGAAAUUUUGAGUGAUGUGGUUUAUAAAGAUGACUUAAACUGGCUGAAGGGAAUUGGAUGUUAUGUCUGGGAUACUCCUCAAAUCCUGCAGGCUAAAAACUCCUACAACCUCCAGAGCCAAAUCAAAUAUACAGCUGCAGGAAAAGAGAAUUUCCAGAACUUCAGUGUGGUUACUGACACACCCGGCUAUGUGACUGCAGUGCAGAGUGCUCUAAAUGCCAGUGAUGUGAAAUACAAGGAAGAUUACAACAAAACAAAGGACAAGUAUACAACUGUGACUGAAACAGUGGAGUCGGAAAGAGUUCACAACUUGAAACAUCUCGUUAGCAAUAAUCUCUACAAAGAGGCCUGGGAAAAAGUGAAAGCUACAGGCUACAUACUGCCCUCUGAUGCUGUACCCCUGGCACGUGCCAAGGAACUGAAGCACAAUGCCAGCACUGUAAAAUACCGAGAAGAAUAUGACAAGUUUAAAGCCCUCUACACACUACCCAAGAGUGUUGAGGAUGAUCCCAAUACAGCCAGGUGCCUUAGAGUUGGGAAGCUCAGUAUUGAUCGCCUGUACAAGGAAGCCUAUGAAAAGACCAAAACCAAAGUCCACACCACUCCAGACAUGGUAGACAUUGUCUCUGCUAAGGAUGCACAGAAGAAAAUCAGUGAAGUCGAUUACCGGACACGGCUCCACGAGUGGAUCUGUCUGCCUGACCUGCAGAUCAAUGCCCACGUCAGGAAAGUGACUGAUCAGCUCAGUGAUGUGGUGUACAAGGAUGAUCUGAACUGGCUGAAGGGCAUUGGCUGCUUUGUGUGGGACACUCCUGAAAUCCUCCGUGCCAAACAUGCCUAUGAUCUUCGUAGUGAUAUCAAGUACAAAUCUGAGGCAGAAAAAAUGAAGGAAAAAUUCAGUGUGGUCAUCGAUACUCCUGUCUAUGUCCAGAGUGUCCUCAGUGGCUUGAAUUCCAGUGAAAUUAUCUAUCGUGGUGAAUAUAUGCAGAAUAUCAGAGGCAAAGCAAUUCCUACUGAUAAAACAAUAGACCUGGAGCGGGCAUACAAUGCAAACAAGAUACAGAGUGAAAAUUUGUAUCGCUGGGCUGGUUUGAAUGCUCUGCCUACUGGAUACAGCCUUCCCACAGACACCCCUGGCUUUCAGAAUGCUAAACAAGCCCAGUACAUUGGCAGUGAUCUGAAAUAUAAAGAAGCCUAUGAACACAUGAAAGCUAAAGGCUACACCCUGGGACCUAAAGAUGUUGGGUUUGAAAACGUGAAGAAAGUGAAUCAAGUCGUUAAUGAGAGAUUGUACCGGGCAACAUACCACAAGUACAAGGACAAGAUCCACACCACUUCAGACACACCAGAAAUCCGUCAGGUCCGAGCGAAUCAGGAAACUGUCAGUGAUCUGAUCUACAAGUCAGAUUUCUUUAAGAUGCAGGGACACUUGAUUUCCUUGCCGUUCACUCCCGAGGUGCUGCACUGCCGCUACGUUGGGGAAAUCACAAGUGAUAAUAAAUACAAAGAGGACCUGAUGUGGCUGAGGGGCUUGGGUUGCUUCCUCUAUGAUACUCCUGACAUGGUCCGUGCCCGACAGCUGCGUAAGCUCUGGUCUAAUUAUAUAUACACUGGUAAUGCAAAGAAGAUGUGGCCUAAAUACACUGUGGUGCUGGAUACUCCUGGAUACAGAGCUGUUCAGGAACUAAACACCCACUUGAGUGAACUUGUUUACAGAGCUACAGGCAAUGAGCUGAAGACAAAAUACACUUCCAUCCUCGAUACACCUGAUUUCUUAAGAGCCAAGGAAGGACAGAAAAUCCAGAGCCAGUAUUUGUAUGUGGAACUUGCCACAAAGGAGAGACCCCAUCAUCAUGCUGAUCAACACACUCAAGCCUUUACACAUGCUAAGACUGUAAAGGACCUGGUCAGUGAGAAAAAGUAUAAAACCCAGUAUGAGAAGAUGAAGCACAAAUACACACCAGUCCCUGACACUCCAGUCUUGAUCAGAGCCAAGAGAGCCUACCUGAAUGCCAGUGAUUUACGCUACAAAGAAACCUUUGAGAAUACCAAGGGCAAAUACCUCACAGUGAAAGAUGCUUUGGACAUUGUCUACCACCGGAAGGUCACUGAUGACAUUAGCAGUGUGAAAUAUAAGGAAAAUUAUAAGAGCCAGUUAGGAAUCUGGAGUUCCAUCCCAGACCGUCCGGAGCAUUUCCAUCACCGCUUGGUCACAGAUGCUAUCAGUGAUAUUAAAUACAAGGAGGAUUUAUCAUGGCUGAAAGGCAUUGGCUGCUAUGCAUGGGAUACCCCAACUUUUGUUCUGGCAGAACAGAAUAAAGUGCUCUACAGUGAGUCUAAGUACAAGGAACAAUUUGAGAAGACCAAGCACCAGUUUAAGUACAUAGCUGACUCUCUGAGUAAUGUGCACUUCAAGUAUGCUACCCAGCUGGCGGAUGGGAGAUCAUAUACAUCCCUUGCCAAGAUGCUCCAGCAACAAGGAUGUAAUGAAAUUCUGAGGCUAGAUAUGCUGACAGCACUCUACAACACACACUUGAGGAGCCAGAUUGAGUAUAAAAAGGACUAUGAGAAGAAGAAAGGGAAGUAUACAACAGUUGUGGAUACUCCAGAAUACUUAAGGACUACAAAAGUCAACAAACAGAUCAGUGAUAUCAUUUACAAGUUGGAAUAUAACAAAGCAAAGCCCAGAGGCUACACCACCAUCCAUGACACCCCCAUGUUCCUGCAUGCGCGCAAGGUCAAGGACAGAAUCAGUGAUCUGAAAUACAAAGAGAUGUACGAGAGGAAUAAAUCUCACUGCAACGUCGUAGCAGAUUCAGUUCACAUUAAGACCCCAAGACAUGCUUACAAGUUAAACAGCAAUCUGGACUACAAGAAGAAAUAUGAAGCAGCCAAGGCUCACUGGCACUGGAUUGCUGACAGGCCUGACUUUGUUCAAGCAGCCAAGUCCUCUCUGCAACAGAGUGAUUAUGAGUACAAGCUGGACCGAGAAUUCCUAAAGGGAUGCAAACUCUCUGUCACAGAUGAUAAAAACACAGUUUUGGCCUUAAAUAAUGCUAUCUUGGCAAGUGAUGUAAAAUACAAAGAGAAGCACAACAAAGCUCGUGGAACCUGCCUUGCUGUUCCAGAUACACCUCAGAUCCUCCUGGCUAAGACUGUCAGCUCCCUGGUGUCUGAGAACAAAUACAAAGAGCAGAGCAAGAAGCAGCUCCCAUAUGGGUCCUACACAACCCUGCCAGAGACACGAGACACUGCUCAUGUGAAAGAGGUGACCAAGAAUGUCAGUGAGACAAACUAUAAAAAGAAGUUUGUGAAGGAGAAAGGCAAGUCUGACUACUCUAUCAUGCUGGAGCCUCCUGACGUGAAACAUGCCAUGGAAGUUGCUAAAAACCAGAGCUCAAUUGAAUACAAGAAAGCUGCCAAGUCAAAGCUCCACUACACACCCAUAGCAGAUCGACCAGAUAUUAAGAAAGCAACUCAGGCUGCCAAGUUAAUUAGCAAUAUUGAAUAUAAAAAGCGUGGAGAAGCUGGAGUUGGGGUGUCCAUGCUGGGACGUCCAGAUAUUGAACUGGCAAAGGAGGUGUCCAAGCUAACCAGCCAGGUGAAAUACAAGGAGAAUUUCUCCAAGGAGUUGGGUAAAAAGCCAAAGUAUGAUUUGAAGGAAGCUAAAAUCUACAAGACCAUGAAAGAUGCUCACAACAUGGCCAGCGAGGUGAAAUACAAGGCAGACUUAAAGAAGCUGCACAAGCCUGUGACAGACAUGUCUGAGUCCCUGAUCAUGAACCACGUCCUGAGCACCAGCCAGCUCGCCAGUGCUUACCAGUACAAGAAGCAAUAUGAGAAGAGUAAGGGUCACUACCAUGUGGUGCCAGAUAAUCUUGAGCAGGUUCAUCUAAGGGAGGCAUCAGAACUACAGAGCCACGUGAAAUACAGAGAAAAAUAUGAGAAGGAAAAAGGAAAACCUAUGCUGGACUUCGAAACUCCAACAUACCUUACUGCAAAGGAAUCUCAGCUCAUGCAGAGUGAGAAAGAAUAUAAGAAGGACUUUGAAGAGUCCAUGAAGGGCAGAAACCUUGCUGGCUUGGAGAUCACCCCAUCCUUACUACAUGUCAAAUAUGCAACCAAAAUAGCAAGCGAGAAAGAAUACAAGAGGGAUCUGGAGGAAGGUGUCAAAGGGAAAGGACUAACAGCUUUAGAGGAGACUCCAGAAAUGCUCAGAGCAAAGAAUGCAACUCAAAUCCUGAACGAGAAAGAGUACAAAAAAGCCCUGGAAUUAGAAAUCAAAGGAAAAGGUCUGACAGAACUGGCUUUGGAGACACCAGAUUUUGUGAGAGCAAAGAAUGCCACUGACAUUGCCAGCCAGAUCAAAUACAAACAAUUGGCAGAAAUGGAGAAAGCCAACUACACCAGUGUUGUUGAUACUCCUGAGAUUAUUCAUGCCCAGCAGGUCAAGAACCUUUCGAGCCAGAAAAAGUACAAGGAAGAUGCAGAAAAGAGCAUGGCAUACUAUGUACCUGUUGCAGACACACCAGAAAUGCAGAGAGUCCGGGAGAACCAAAAGAACUUCAGCACACUUCAGUACCAGUCAGACCUACAGAACAGUAAAGGAAAAGUUACAGUUGUACAAGACACACCAGAAAUGCUUCGUGUGAGGGAAAACCAGAAGAAUUUCAGCUCGAUUCUAUAUAAAGAAGAUAUUGGAACUGGAACUACUAUUGAAAAGACACCAGAGAUGCAGAGAGUUAAACGAACUCAGGAUGCAAUCAGCUCGAUUAAGUACAAGGAGAGUAUUGGCAAAGGAACUCCAAUUCCUGAUCUCCCAGAAGUGAAACGUGUCAAGGAGACCCAGAAGCACAUCAGCUCGGUGUUGUACAAAGAGGACGUGGGGACAGGUAUCCCAACCCCUGUCACUCCAGAAAUAGAGAGAGUCAAACGCAAUCAAGAACACAUUAGCUCGGUGAUGUACAAAGAGGACCUGGGGACAGGAACCCCAAUACCUGUGACUCCUGAGCUUGAGCGAGUCAGACGCAAUCAAGAACACAUUAGCUCGGUGUUGUACAAGGAGAACGUGGGGACCGGGACCCCCACCCCUGUCACUCCAGAGAUGGAGAGGGUCAAACGCAAUCAAGAAAUCUGUAGCUCGGUGUUGUACAAAGAGAACAUAGGGAAAGCAACCCCAACCCCUGUCACUCCUGAGAUGGAAAGAGUCAAACGCAACCAGGAGAUCAUUAGCUCGGUUUUGUACAAAGAAAAUGUGGGGAAAGUGACCCCAACACCAAUCACUCCAGAGAUGGAGAGAGUCAAACGCAAUCAAGAGAUCAUUAGCUCGGUGUUGUACAAAGAAAACUUGGGGCGAGCAACCCCCACACCAAUCACUCCAGAGAUGGAGAGAGUCAGACGCAAUCAAGAACAGAUUAGCUCGGUUGUGUACAAAGAAGGUUUAGGGAAGGCAACCCUGACCCCGGUCACUCCAGAGAUGGAGAGAGUCAAACGCAAUCAAGAGCACAUCAGCUCGGUUUUGUACAAGGAAAAUCUGGCAAAAGGAACCCCAACACCAAUGACCCCAGAGAUGGAGAGAGCCAAACGCAACCAGGAGAACAUCAGCUCGGUUCUUUACUCCGACAGUUUCCGGAAACAAAUCCAAGGCAAAGCUGCCUACGUGCUGGAUACACCUGAAAUGAGGCGUGUGAGAGAGACACAGAAAAAUAUCUCUACUGUGAAAUACCACGAAGAUUUUGAGAAAAGCAAAGGUAGUUUCACCCCUGUGGUGACCGACCCCAUCACAGAGAGGGUGAAAAAGAACAUGCAGGACUUCAGUGACAUCAACUACCGGGGCAUCCAGCGGCGCGUGGUGGAGAUGGAGCGGAAACGCGUGGACCAGGACCAGGAGAACCUCACAGGUCUGCGAGUGUGGCGCACUAAUCCCGGCUCAGUCUUUGACUACGACCCAGCAGAAGACAACAUCCAGUCCAGAAGCUUGCACAUGAUCUCAGUCCAAGCCCAGCGCCGCAGCCGGGAGCAUUCCCGCUCUGCCAGCGCCCUGAGCAUCAGUGGUGGGGAUGAGAAAUCCGAGCCCUCGGAUGGGGUGGAUCAGCACCUCUCCUACUACAGCAACGGGGGCUUCUUCACUGCAACUGCAACAGUGGGCUACAAACAUGCUAAAACCAUUGAGUUACCACAGCAACGCUCAUCAUCAGUUGCCACCCAGCAAACAACAGUGUCAUCAGUGCCUUCCCAGCCAUCCACUGCUGGGAAAACCUACCGGGCCAUGUAUGACUACACAGCAGCUGAUGCUGAUGAGGUGUCCUUCAAAGAUGGUGACACCAUCGUCAACGUCCAGGCCAUUGAUGAGGGCUGGAUGUACGGCACCGUCCAGAGAACCGGCAAGACCGGCAUGCUGCCCGCCAACUACGUGGAGGCAGUGUAACCACAGCUCCCACCAAGCCUCUGCAGGGCAUGGCCAUCCUCCCCCUGCUCACAGCCUGCCUGGGAAAAGCCUCUGGAACACUUCCCAAAGAGCACCUUGUGGUGCAAAAAUCAGAAAAAAACAAACCAAAACCCAACAAAGCAAAACCCGAAGUAACUGCAGAGCAAAAGGGGCCAUGGAACACCCGGCAGAAACAUCACACAUGAGAACUGUGCGUCUUCCAGUAUCAAAGAAACCAAAAAGUUGGGUUUUUUUCUGGACUUCUCAAGAUUUUCAACCAUCUCAACGCUGAACCAUGCUGGAACUGCAACCCAGUUCAGCAGCUCUGAGAUUCUACCCAUCGAUUAGGACUACCAGGUAUUUCUUUAGUCACUCUCCCUUAAGGAGAGGAUUUUUUUUUCUGGGCUAUUUUGAAAGGUUUGAAAAGUAUUCUCUUCUUGCCCAUUUAAGCAACAUUUACCCUUAGUAUCUCAAACAAGUUUGUAGCUAGGAGGGAAGAAAAACCAAACCACCAAACCCAAACCAAGAGCCUCUCCCUCUGCUUGCUGAGCUCUCUCGUGUUUUUCAUGCAACUGUUCUGGGGUCAGAAGCUGUUUGUUAUUACUUGUAAAUUAGUGACUAAAUAAAGCUGAUGUUUCUGCAGCAUG